GGCAUUCAGGCGCCAAUCAGGCAAACAGGCAGUCAGUCAAUGGCGACUUGCUGGAGCAAAAUGAACAAGAGCUCAUCCAUCCUUAAGCGAUCUAGUCUCUUGGGACAAUCGAUCCCAUGGCAGCCCAUUAAAAUGGGAGCCCCUUUGUCUGCCCGAGCAUCGUCUUGGUGGUCUGGCGUGGAAAUGGGCCCCCCUGAUCCUAUUUUGGGCGUGAGUGAGGCCUUCAAAAAGGAUACUAAUCCCCUGAAAAUGAAUUUAGGGGUUGGUGCUUACCGAGAUGAUCAAGGCAAACCCUUUGUCUUGCCGUCUGUUCGUGAGGCCGAACGGAUCAUUGCUCAAAAAGGAUUGAACAAAGAAUACGCUCCAAUUGGAGGUGAACCCGAGUUUGGCAGGCUUUCCGCUAACUUAGCAUUUGGCCAAGGAAAUGAGAUUGUUUCAAGUGGACGGAACGUGUCGGUUCAGACUAUCUCGGGCACAGGUGCCUUGCGAGUAGGUGCCACUUAUUUAGCCAAAUGGUUCCCUGGGAACAAAACCGUGUAUUUGCCCAGGCCUUCAUGGGGCAAUCAUACCCCCAUCUUUAAGCAAAGUGGGAUGAAUGUCGAUGGUUAUCGUUACUACGACCCUACAACUUGUGGAUUCGAUUUUAAUGGCGCCAUGGAGGACAUAAGCCGGAUCCCUGAAAAAAGUGUUAUCAUGCUUCACGCUUGCGCUCAUAACCCAACCGGAGUCGAUCCCAAGGAUGAACAAUGGAAAGAAAUGUCACAAUUGGUCAAGAAAAGGAAUCUGUUUGCUUUCUUUGACAUGGCUUAUCAAGGCUUUGCUUCCGGUGACGUUGACAGAGAUGCCUUUGCCGUCCGCCAAUUUUUGGAAGAUGGGCACAAUAUUUGUUUGUCCCAAUCGUACGCCAAAAACAUGGGUCUUUAUGGCGAGCGAGUAGGAGCGUUUACUGUUGUUUGCAAAGAUAAGGAAGAAGCAGCCCGCGUGAACUCUCAAAUCAAGAUCCUCAUUAGACCCAUGUAUUCCAAUCCUCCUGUUAAUGGAUCACGGAUUGUGAGCGAGAUUCUUACCAACACUGCUUUAAACAAGCAGUGGCUGGAAGAUGUGAAGGGUAUGGCUGACCGAAUCAUUACAAUGAGACAGGAAUUAAAGGAUGGGUUGGCCAAUGAAGGAUCGAGCAAAAAUUGGGAGCACAUUGUGGAUCAAAUUGGAAUGUUUUGUUUCACUGGAAUGACCCCUGAACAGGUUGAAAAAAUAACCACGGAAUUUAGUGUUUACAUGACCAAAGAUGGCCGUAUUUCAGUGGCGGGGAUUUCCUCAUCUAAUGUUGGAUAUUUGGCUAAAGCCAUGCACGCUGUCACUAAAUAAGAAGACCGGAAAAAUUGUUGCUCGAAACUUAUCUUGAUUGACAAAGAUGAGAUUGCUAGUAGUUCAACCGUUCAUACAGUAGGUGAUAUAAUCAACGCAACCACCACUUCCACCCAAACCAAAUACAUCAUCCAAAAAUCUAACCAUAUGGUAGAUAACAAAACUAUUUUGGCACGCGAUUGCUAUUAGGUUUGAUCAUAAAUGUUCUUGAAGAGUCUCGAGCCCUGAAUAUUAAAAAUUCCAUUCAAAAGCUUUGAUUAACAAUCCAUUAAAAUAAAUUUGCGAUUCGAAAAGCCUCGAGGGAAAGCUUCAAGUGACAAUGUGGAAAGCCAAGUACAUAAGUGGUAAAGAGAACAUUUUCUCUCUUCCGGUGUUCGUUAUUUCUCAAUAAUAAACGUGUUUAACUUGCA